GUUGAUCAACAGGAGCUUGAAGAAAUCCGCAAAUGUGGAAUGAAAAACUUCCGUAACAUCCAGGUUGAUGAAGCUAAUUUAUUGACUUGGCAAGGGCUUAUUGUUCCUGACAACCCUCCAUAUGACAAGGGGGCCUUCAGAAUUGAAAUCAACUUUCCCGCAGAGUACCCCUUCAAACCCCCGAAGAUCACCUUUAAAACAAAGAUCUACCACCCGAACAUCGACGAGAAGGGGCAGGUCUGCCUGCCUGUGAUUAGCGCUGAAAACUGGAAGCCAGCCACCAAAACUGACCAAGUCAUCCAGUCCCUCAUAGCACUGGUCAACGACCCCCAGCCGGAACACCCACUCCGGGCCGACCUAGCCGAAGAGUACUCUAAGGACCGUAAAAAAUUCUGUAAGAACGCCGAAGAGUUUACAAAGAAAUACGGGGAAAAGCGACCUGUGGACUAAAAUCUGCCACAACGGAUUCCAGCGAGUGUGAGCGGAGGUACCCCAGCAGUGCAUUCAGACCCCCUCCCCCGCAAAGCAGGACUCUGUGGAGAACUGACGCACGCGCCACCGCCCGGCGUCCGCUUGUGGCAGUCACUAACUUUCUACAGUUUUCUUAAUCAAAAGUGGUCUAGACAACCUGUAAAGAAAGGAUUAAAAUUUACCAUGUUCUCCUUCUGCUCUUUGUUUUAAAAGUCACUGCUUCCAUCCACCUCAACAACAAAUGGUGUCUCUUUUUUUGGUCCAAAUUCACCCAAAAGCUCCAACUGAAAGCCAGUAGCCCCUAAGAUUUUAUUUUUGUUUUUUUUAGAGGGGGAGGAAAAAAAGAUAGUGAUUGGCCCUAACCCACCCCUGCCCCCUCCCGUCUCCCAACCCCCACACUCUUGCCUUCAAGUUUAGUGUCUGCUUCUGUUCACCGCCCAGGCCCAGGCUGCCGCCUCCGCCGCCUCAGGUACAGCUGGCACUCGCCUGGCCUUUCCUCCGUGGUGCACUGCCCGGCAUGGGAGCCGGUUCUAGUCCUCCCAGCUCCAUUAUAUAGCAUCCUUAAAGACACACACACACACACACACACACACACACACACACACACACAACACACACACCCCACACACCUUGUUGGGGAGAAAAGAAGGAAGCCCAACUUCUAUGUUAAAAAAAAAAUGCCCGUGAGACCUGGAUGUUGGUUCUGUUAGCUGACCCUCGGUACCUGGGUGGUGACUGACACCUCUGGCCUGGCCCCAGCCUGCUGGGGGAAACCCACAGCAGCAGGUCUGUGGGCCCGAGGAAGACCCCGUACGCCUCACCAGAGAAUGCGCGUCAAGCCCCAGGGCGGCCCUGCUCCCUGCAGCCCUGAAGACGAAGCCGCAAAGUCCACCUGGAACCCCCAAGUGCACCUGUCACCAAGCUCUGAGUGGGCACGGAGCCACCGCAGCCCCUUCUCUGUCCCACUCGACUCAGCUCAGUCUUUUGCGGACUCCGCUUUAGAUGGCACUGGCCUGGAGUUGGCGCCACGCCUGCCGACUCUCCAGGAGCUGGCCGGCCCAGGAACAAGGUGGCUCCCUUGGGACCCACAGCCUUUGCCGAAAUCCAUCUACCGCCUACAGCUCACUCUGUGAGACCCUCUUGAUGUGUUUUAUAUUGUUUUGACUGCCUUUUUUUUGUAGAAAUAAAAAUUGACCUUAGAAUUUA